CAGUGAUUUAUGUUUUUGCCUAAGUGUUUCUCUUCGUCUUCCUCAUCUAUUUUAUUUCCUUAAGUGUAAUUCUCUCCUCUUCCACUAACCUAAUUAAGCUCUCUCGUCUAAAUCCAACACCACCGCUACUUCUUCUCUCCUCUUCCUCCGGCUUCGUCGUCUAAAACCCACACCACCGCUGCUUCUGUUUCUCGUCUCUUCCUGCUUAUUCAACUUCUCACGCUCCCAAAAUUUCAGUUCUAGAAGACUAGAACCAUCAAUGUCUCAGAUUACAUCAAAAACAAAGCGACAAUGGACAGCCCAGUUUCAUGCCAACUACCAUGCGACACCAGAUUCAUCUCAAGAACAGCCCAGUUUCAGGCCAACUACCAUGCCGCCGGGAGAUACCAUGCCACCAGGAGCUACUGGUGUAUCUUCCAAUGGUGCUACCAUGCCACCAGGAGCUACUGGCUUUUCUUUUAAUGGAGCUACCAUGCCACCAGGAGCUACUGGCUUUUCUUUUAAUGGUGCUACCAUGCCACUGAGAGCUAACAUGCCACCAUGAGCUACUGGUGUAUCUUCUAAUGGUGCUAGCAGUUCUAAUAAUGUUACCCUUGAGGCACUAAUUAAUGCACCAGCAAGGCGAGACCAGCCACACCUCCAUCCUCAGAAGGUUCAAAAUUGACAAAUCUGUCAAUAAAUCCAUCUGAACAACGUGGCAGAGCAAUUUCAUGGGACCUUGGUGGAAUUGGUUCACAGUUCCUCAUAACAAAAAGGAUUAGUGGGUGGCAGGAUUUUGUGCAAAAUUAUUACUGGGAUAAGGUGCACCACGAUUUAGUACAUAGCAAAUGGAGGACUGAGGUUAUUGUUUCGGUUCGUGAUCGUAUUAGCACAAAAAAGAGAGACAACAUAAACCCCAAAUACAUUAGCCAAAUAGAUUUGGGACUGGAUGAUGGUAAAUUGGGCAACAGAAGAGAUGGUUGAAAAGUCCAAGACCAACUCGGAAAAUCGCCUUUCUAAUCCUAAUGGCAAAGGGAUACUUUUUGUUUGAUUUAGUAUUACAUUAUGAAUGUUCCAUGCGUUUCUUUGAUUAUUUAAACUGUAUUGUUGUCUCCAUUAUAAUUAGUGUAUGUUGGUUUAGUUUCCAGAAAACAUGAAUAUCUGAUUCUUUAAUUUACUUUGAUGUUUCUUUUUGGGUGAAUUGUUGCAUUUUCUUGUUUAUAGAAGCUUAAGUCUUGGAAAGAUGAACCGGUACCAUACACAGAUCUUCUACGUCAGACACACAUGCGCAAAGAUGGAACAUAUGUUGACUAUCGUGCAAAGUCCAUUGUCGAAGAAGUCGAGCUAACUGUAUCCCAACUUGAAGCUGCUGAUGGAGCUGCUGAAGGAUCUCCACUUCCUUCCCACACUCAUCUCAUCAACCAAUCAUUUGUGGAGAUAAAUAAACCAAAAAAAGGUCGUAUUUAUGGACUGGGCAGCGCUCAAGAUAAAGAUGUCAGCCCAAACAAGACUUUACAUCUUGCCCACAAUCUUGACAUGGAUAUGCGGUUAUCUAGUUUAGAGACUAAUGUAGAAGCAGUUAAAGCAGAUAUGGCAAUGCUGAAAGAAGAUGUGAUGUUGCUCAAAGAUGACAUGAAAGUGGUAAAGGAAUGUGCAGCAUCAAUGAAAGCUUCAACACAUGUGAUUCUAAGGGGUAUUGGCAUUGAUCCCAUAACUCACAAAUGGAUCACACCCUCACGUGCUCGUGCCAUGGUUAGUGAAUCAGUCCCUGCCUCCACUCCUUUACAACCUCAGAACAAUAAUAAUGAGGAAUGAUAUGAUUAUAAGACACAUGACUUGACUUAUGUUUUGGUAUUUUGGAUUAAAUGAUGUCUCCGUGUUUUUUGUAAACCAAAAUUAUUUGGAUUAUAUUUAUGUUCAGUUC